GAAGGGGGUGUGCCCUCUCGGGUAACAACACCGGGGCGCUGCUGGCUGCUCCUUUCACUCCCCCGCCAUGUUCUCCUAGCAGCGGAUCCGAUUGCGCCACCAUCUCAGCCCACAAAGCCCGGGCAGACACUCCCCAGCGACCCGACCCGCUCAUCCCCUCCUGGGCUCGACCCCUCUCCCGGUACAGCUCUGGGUACCCACGUCCCACCAUGGUCACCACGACGGCGCCGCCGCCCUUCCUGGCUCGGAUCUCGGCAGGCACCGAAGACCCCAGGCGGCUGCCCUCCGCUCUUGUCCAGCGCCUCAGGCGAGGGGACAGCAACUGUGAGAACCAGCCUAGCUGCUGCCUGGCGGGCCCGGGGGGCAGCGCACGGCCCGCGCUGAGAAGAGUCCGGCGGAGGAAGGGGAAGAUCCGGCCCAGCCCCGCGGGGCUCCUGCCCAGCCGCUACCAACAGUACCAACAGCAUCGCGCCGGCCUGGGGAGAAGAACCCCGCUGGGCAUGCACGGCGCGGGCGAACUUCGCGCUCCCCCUGCGCCAGCGGUCUCCGCCGCCCCUGGCGUGGUAACGGCCCCCGCAGAGGAGCCCCCCGCGCCCGCCCCCUCCAGACCCGCGCCCAGCAAACCCCUCAGGAAGGAGUUCUUAAAGAACAAGAUGGGAAAGACUGAGAAGGCUGCCAUCCCCUACAGCCAGCCUGUUCACAGUUUACAUCUGUGUGAACAACCAAAGAUUAACAGGCAGAAGAGUAAAUGUAACGUGCCGCUGGCAAAGAUCACCUCGGCAAAAAAGAUAGAGAACUUUUGGCAAGACUCUGUGUCGCCAGAAGCGAUUCAGAAGCAGGAGAAAAAGCCACUUAAAAACACAGAGAACUUCAGAAAUGCCAAGUCCAAGAAACCAAUCACCCUAGCUGAAGCGAGCCAAAAAGAAAGUUACGCUGGGGCAAAAUUCAGUGACCCGCCAUCUCCCAGUGUCCUUCCAAAGCCCCCCAGCCACUGGGUGGGUGGCACAGCUGAACUGUCUGACCAAAACCGGGAGCUGAUGGCAGUCCACUUGAAAACUCUCCUGAAAGUUCAAGCCUAGUUUCCAAGACCUCUUUGAAUAAUUGGCAAACUCAACUCCAUCCAGGAAACUUUUACAUGCCUUGUUGCAACUAAAUUUGCAAAAGAUUGUCAAGUCUUAUAAUCACAUUUAAAAAAAAAAAAAAUUCCUUGUAUUAUAUUUUUUAUGGUUGUGUAAAUAGUGUAUAUCAUGUAUUAUGUGUAUAUUCUUGUUCAUACUUUGAGAGGUACAUUUUAGUUUUGUUAUGAAAGGAUGUAUUUUGCACUGCCUGAAUGGUAGAUGUCUUGUAUAUAAAAUAUGGACAAUUUUAAGUGUGUUCUUGACACAUGAAGACUUGACUUGAUUUGCACAAGGUAAUGAAAAUUUUGGAAGGAGAGUACAGCUUUCUGAUUCUAAGGUUCCAGAUCAAAUGUGAAUGUUCAUGCACUACUGACAAUAGUUUUACAUUCUGUGUCCCAGUCGAUACCCAAACAUGGAAUUUUCAUACAAAUGUGAAGUUUUGCUCUCUGCUCUGGAAACGGUAUCUGGAAUUCCUGUUCAUCUGUUUGUUUUUGAAAUUAACUGGAAUUUGACCAAAAUUCCAACCCAUCAAUUUGAGCACUGCUGAUUUCUUUAAAGAAGUAAAAAAAAAAAAAAAAACCCACAAAAAAAACCCAAAAAAACCCCCCAAACCCCCACACCAACAGAACAUAGCAGAGCUUUCUGCCAAAAAUCCAAUUGGUUACUAAAAAAUUAAAUAAAACAAUUUGGCCUCCCCUUAA